AUGAAACCAACUUACCAUCUUCCCCCAAACUUUUCGACCCCCCCACCUCCGGCGGGGCCAUUUCACCUAGGGACCAUGAUUAAGGACUUCGAUCGCAAGGAGCAAAUGCGUCCACUCAACUCUGGCAAGGACAAAGAUGGCAAACCUAAACGGAUCGACAUCAACAAGGACGAUAUUUACCUAGACCACAAAGGAGGAUUCGAGGCUACCAGAUCCAGGCUGAAGAGCGGCGAAUUUGGCUUCUGGGCGAAAUUGAUCGGGGUCGACGGAAUUGGAGGUGAAGCCAGCAUCUCGGCUAGUCGCAGUGAGACGGACACAUACAAAUUCGACAGUGUUGAUACGGAGUUCUUCUACCCUUCUCCGAACUAUAUAUCGCAGUGCAUGGGGCUCUCCGACGUCGAAGACUAUAUCAAGGGUUGGGAAUACAAGAAGCCCGUGUAUCUUGUCACCGGGAUAAAGGUCGCUAAAGGUGUCUCUGUGCGGCUGGAAGGUGCUGCCAAAAUGGAGGGGAAGCUGGUGCUCGGUCUGAAUUGUUGUGAAAUCCAGGCUGGCCCGAGAGCAGAGGCCAAGGUUGAGAACAAACCUGUGUCUGCCUUUACUGUAUCCAGCGAUAUUGUAGUUGGCAUUCAGUGUUUGAAGAUCUAUCAUAAGACUAGCUGGUUUGGAGGAGGUAAACAGCGGAGGGAGGAGGUCUACACCCCUAGUGCUACGUUUCUCGACAAUGAUAACAGAGAGCCGCAGAAAGAACAGCUAGACAAUUUCAUUGUUGCAGAUCUCGAAGAUUACAAAAAUCCAUUCUUUGUCGUUCAGCAGAAACCGACUGAGGAAAGACAGGAGGAUGAGAUCUGGAUCCUUCCAGUAGAGAGUGAGUGA